UCCGGUUGAGGGUUCAGGAGGCGGCGCGGGGCUGAGGGUCUCUCUGUGAGGGUCUGUGUCCCGAUGGCGGGGAGCCGGCUGGAGAAAUGCGGCACCAUCUUCACCAGGGUGCGGGACUUGUUGCGAGCUGGUGUCAUGAAGGAGUCAGAGAAACCUUGCUGGUACGAUGUUUGCGCUGCUUUCCCUCCAAAGUAUGAGCCAGUCUACGCGCAACCGAAGGAGAGAUUUGGUAAAGUGCAGGACCCGGUUCAGGAGAUUUUCUACCAGGAGGACACGAUUCGAGCGAAAUUCUAUGAGGUGUAUGGGAAUGGCCCAAGACCAUUUGACCUCACACGAUCCAAUUUUGUUUCCACUUGUCAAAGGUUUGUGGAAAAGUACCAGGAGCUCGAGGCACAAGGUGAAGUGGACGAAGAGAAGUUAUUUGAGGCGACCAGCCGGGCACUGCUCAUGGACGGAGUUGUGUUGCGAAGGAGAGGCCGAGCCGGAAUAUCAGGCUUUGCGAGUGACGAUCCCCAGGACUCCAAGACACGGAACCCAGUGUUGGACAUGAAGCUGCAGGACCUGCUGAAAGGGAUGCAGGAGGAGCAGCAAGAACAAACUCAGGAGGAGAGGCAGCUCCAGGCACAACAAGAGACACAGUCGCACUGACAGGUGUCUGCUCGCCACACGCUUACAAACUGUUUUGUACAAGUGGAAAUGAACAGCAACCCCCCCCCCCCCACCUCCAAAUCCCAAGGCUUGCCCCGAAGUGUUAUGCAUUAUUCCUGAAUGUUGUAGUCUACUUAAAUCAGAAAAUCUGGCAAUCGAUAUUCUUCAACAGACUGAUUUGUAAUAACUGUCAGGUCCAGCACCUACAUUAAAUCAUGAUCUAGUUAAA